UCUUGCAGGUGGCUACCAUUGGGUGGCCUUUUUCCUCUGUCAUGCAUCCACACCAGCACGUCUCUGCAGCAAAUUGGGAAGUGGGAGAAAAAGAACAGGAUUGUUUACCCUCCACAGCUGCCCGGGGAACCUCGCAGACCAGCUGAAAUCUAUCACUGUCGGAGGGAAAUAAAAUACAGCAAAGAUAAGAUGUGGUAUCUGGCAAAACUGAUAAAAGGAAUGUCCAUUGAUCAGGCUCUUGCUCAGUUGGAAUUUAGUGAUAAAAAAGGAGCAAAGGUGAUCAAAGAGGUUCUGUUAGAAGCUCAGGAGAUGGCAGUAAGAAAUCACAACGUGGAAUUCAAAUCUAAUUUACAUAUAGCCGAGUCGGUGACGGGCAGAGGCCGCUACGUGAAGCGCAUUCGGUACCACGGCAAAGGCAUGUUUGGCAUCAUGAAAAUCGUCAGGUGCCAUUACUUUGUGAAGCUGGUGGAAGGUCCUCCUCCUCCUCCAGAGCCACCAAGGACUGGUUUUGACCAAGCAAAAGAAUACGUGCAGCAGCUGCGAAGCAGAACCCUUGUCCAUACACUGUGACAAACUUUUAUGUGACUGUAUAGGUAUUUCUUGUUUAAAAAUGUAAUUAUAUAAAAGAAUUAUUAAAAUGGUGUUUUGGUUAAAUUUUUUGGUGCUGCUGGAGCUGGAUGAUGCAAGAAUGAUCAUAGGUGGUUUUUCUUACUUGUCAAGCUAUAGGUGUGGAAAAAUCUUGGAAAAGCAGCUAUAGAUGUUACUUUUUCUGAGUUACUUGGACCACAGCAUUCAAGCUUUGCCCUGGACUAUCAAAUCUAGAACACAGGGUGCCAUUAUGAAGCUUG